AUGCUCUACUGCCUACCUGACUUCCUCCACAACUAUCGCUCCGUGUUACAAAGGCCACUGCGGCGAAGCAGACAACCCUUCACGAUGACCGUAUCAUAUCCUUUUCAGACCGUUUUCGCCGUCCCCAUGACAUGUGACAGCUGCGUCAAAGACGUUUCAGACUCGUUGUACAAGCUGGGGGGCAUCACUAAGGUCGAGGCCAACCUCGAGGACCAAUUGCUUUCUGUUGAGGGCACAGCCGCACCAUCCUCGAUCGUUGACGCUAUCCAAGCCACGGGGAGGGACGCUAUCCUGCGAGGCUCGGGAGGAUCAAACAGCGCGGCUGUUAGCAUCCUUGAGUCCUUUUACCGUACCAAUGGUGCCCAACCUGCAUCUUCAAAGUUGGACGAAGAAUCAGACCGAGAGGUCAGGGGCCUGGCUAGAAUGGUGCAGGUCUCCCCCACCACAACGCUAAUCGACCUGACGCUACGCGGCGUGGCCCCCGGCACCUACCGUGCGACCAUCCGUGAAUACGGUAACCUGGCCGAAGGCGCGUCAUCGACGGGCCCUGUCUGGUCGGGGGGCAGCGAAGGUGACGCCGUCAACGCCAAGGGGUUCUUGGGCGUCUUUGACAUCGGCAAGGAUGGCAGAGGCAGCGCGUACCUCGAUAAGCCCUUUCAGAUUUGGGAAGUCAUUGGCCAUGCCAUGGUUGUCUCAAGACAAGACGAGUCUGCAGGGUCAUUGAAGAAUGACCUGGACACCGUAGUCGGCGUGAUUGCCAGGAGUGCCGGCGUUUGGGAUAACGACAAGACCGUCUGCUCAUGCACCGGCAAGACGUUAUGGGAGGAGAGGAAGGAUGAAGUCAAUAAGGGUAUGCUCUAA